UUCUUCUCACCGAACUAGCCGUGUGUUGUCCACAUGUCGGUUUAGCUAGGAGUUUUCCAGUGAAAUUUCCUGCGAAAAACGUACAGCUUCCACGAAAAUUUGCAACAAUGGCCAAGUUUGACCUCACGACUAAGAAUUGCCAGUAUUUGGAUCGUCAUUUAACGUUUCCUUUGCUGGAAUUUUUGCUGCAGAAAAAUGUCUUCGAUCAGACGUCCCUGUUGAAGUUCAUCCUGGAGACGUUAAGCAAAACCAAUAUGUUGGACUACACGAACGACAUUCGUGAGCGCUUGACGCAGGAGAAAAGUCAGCCGGAUGAGGUGAAUCAGCGCCGUUCCGCGGUGCUGGUAACACUGAAAGAAUUACAGGUCGAGGUGGCACCGCUGAUGAAGUGUAUGGAGGAGCUCAAGAAUCCGGACUCAUCGAAGGAUCAUAAAUCGGUGAUACUUGCUUUGCAGCAGACACUGGAUUACGACAUCAUCCUUAGCGCCCAAAAGCUGGCCAAGUUUUUGUACGAGUGUGGCAACUAUAACGAUUCGUUGUCGUACCUGUACGUCUGCAUGCUGGCAAUGGAACCAAGCGAUAAAAACUAUCUCGGCGUGCUGUGGGGCAAGCUGGCAGUUGAAAUUUUGACGCUCAACUGGCCCACCGCUCUGGAGGAUUUGACGCGUCUGCGCGACUUUAUCGACAACUACAACUUUACCCCGAUCCAGGUGCUUCAGCAGCGAGCUUGGCUGAUUCACUGGAGCGUGUUGGUGUUCUUUAAUCACGCGAAGGGUCGUGAUCUGAUCAUCGACAUGUUCCUGUACAAGCCGCAAUACUUGAACGCGAUCCAGACGAUGUGCCCACACAUUCUGCGCUACCUUGCAACGGCGGUCAUCAUCAACCGUGGGCGCCGGAACGCGCUGAAGGAUCUGAUCAAGGUGAUCCAGCAAGAAUCAUACACGUACCGCGAUCCGAUCACUGAGUUUCUGGAGCAUCUUUACGUAAACUUUGAUUUCGAGGCAGCCCGCAAGAAGUUGAACGAGUGCCAAACGGUCAUUUCGAAUGAUUUCUUCAUCAUCGGCUGUUUGACGGAGUUCAUUGAGAAUGCGCGUCUGAUGAUCUUCGAAACGUUCUGUCGAAUCCAUCAGUGCAUUACGAUUGGCAUGCUGGCGGACAAGCUGAACAUGAAGCCGGACGAGGCGGAGUGUUGGAUUGUGAAUUUGAUCCGUAAUGCGCGAUUGGACGCAAAAAUUGAUUCGAAGCUGGGCCAUGUGGUGAUGGGCACGCAGCCACUCUCGCCUUACCAGCAGUUGGUAGAAAAAAUUGACUCCCUCUCCGUACGCUCCGAAGCGUUGACCCUGUUGGUCGAGCGAAAGCACAAAGCAAAAACUCAGGAAGCUGGCGAAGGCCACUGGAAGUAUUACUAACGAGGUGGUUGACAAACGUUUGC